UGCAGCGGCUGGGCGCCGGCUGUGCGUGGACGGAGGCUGCCCUCUUGCAGGCCCCAGGCUGGAUGGUGGGGCCCCUGCCCCUGGGCCUGCGGGAAGAUGUGGCCCCCGGCGGUGCAGGAGGUCCCAGAGGGCCGCAGGACGCACGUGGGCCCCCUCCGGGAGCCCUGGCUGACCUGUACCGGGGACCGGAAGGAGCCGCGGCUGGAGCGACGCCCCCCAAUCCUGAAGGACCUGGACUACCCCGGCCCCACCACGUACCAGGUGCCCGAUGCUUCGGUGCGCGAAACAUCCCCGCACCCCCACUUCAGCAUUGGCCGCAAGCACCCCGCCCGCGAGGACGCCGGCCGCGGGGCGUGGCAGACGGUGUGGUUCCAGAGUGAGAGACCCUUCAGGCAGAAGGCCGACUGCUACCGCGGGCCCAAGCGGCCAUCGCUCGCCGACUACCCUCAGCUCAGCGGUCACGCCUUCCCAGCCAUCAGCUUCGAGGGCCGCCGCCCUGCCCCGAAGGCAGCCCAGUCGCGCGCGCCUCUGGGGCUGCUGCGGACCCGGGGUGCAGGUCGCAGUGCCCGGCCCUCGUGGCAGGACCCUCUGCCGCCCCCGGGCGAGAAGCGCCCCAGCCCCAACACCUAUGACAUCCUUCCCGGGUGCCGCCUGCAGAGCCUGCGCCCGCCCGCCUUCUCCCUGAGCCGCUCGCGCGCGUUAGCCUCCUGGGUUAACUCCACCCGCAGCCCCGGCCCCGCCGCUUACCACGUGGAGGAUGGCUAUAACGCGAGCUUCCCCUCGGCGCCCGGAGUGGUCAUCCAGGGCGUGCGAAGGCCCAAGCGCCAUGAAACAGGCCCCUUCUGCACGCUGUAGCGCCCACUGGACACAGCGGCCGGCCAGGUAUCACCCGGACCCGCCUCCCUCUGAAGCCCGGGGCCCCCAGCCUGGGCUUCUAACCCUCUGGGCACCUCUGACCCACCUUCCUGGCCGGCUAACCCUUCUGUGCGCUGUGGACAAGGAGGGCCACGGCCCCCACCUGCCCACCAAGCUACAUAGAGAUGCUGUUGGUGCUUACGAGCUGAGCUGUCGUGCCCUGGCUGCCCUGAAGCUGUCUCCCUGGCAGGGGCUCCCGCUGCUCCCCUUACCUGCUCUCCUCUCCAGGACGGUGGGGGCAGCCUGAGACUUCCUGGCCUGAGACAGUAUGGGAGGGGUCCCUCUGGGGACAACAGGACACCCCCACUCGGGGAGCCCGGCAGGCUACCAGUCUAGCCAAGAGCCAGGCUGCUUGCUGAGCUGAGAAACUGGCAGAGCUGGGGGCCAGACUCCCUGAACUGCCAUCUUGAGGUGAGGUCAGCUGCACAGCCACUAGGAGGGCCCAGAGGACCACCUGGUCAGGGCCUGGCCCCCCUGACCCCAGCCCCUGCCCACAGACCCACAACUUGCCCAGGGCCAUGCAGGCCAAGCCACAGCCACCGGACUCCCCGGUGAGGGCCUGUCCUGUUGCAGUAGCUUGGCCAUCAGGGUAUCAGCCUGCCCUCCUACCUAGGGGAGGCCCCAUGGCGGACGGCAGCAGCGGUUCCCAUGGGGCCCAUAAACCCUUCUGCAGGGAGGCCAGGGCCCAGGGAGUCCUAGUGCAUUCACCUGGGACCUCUCGGGGUGAACCAGCUGGGGGUCGAGUUGAGUCCCAGCCCCCCCAGGCAAUCAGUUGUAGUUGUUGGGCCUGACCAGCUUGGCCAAGGGGCAACAGUGAGCUGUGGGAGCCCUGGCAUUGGGAGCUUGGCCCAGGGUGGGGGGACCGGAAGCCCCACCCAUAGCUGCCCCGCCAGCAAACCCUAGGAGGGCUCAAAGCAAGAGGCUGGAGGGCAGGAAGGCUGGGCUGAGGAGGGCUUCCUGGGGAAGAAGCGGGAAGGGCGCACAAGCAUGGGCGCCAGCGUGCUGGGCUGCAGGAAGGGGUGCCUCGCAGAGCGAAGCUUGGGGACCAAGGCCCAUGCAGAGGACGGGGUGGGGACUGGGCUGGUGGGAUGGAGGCUCACCAGAAGGGGUUGGAGGGACUGCAGGUGCUGGGUCAGGGCCCGGCCUGCUUAGCAACAGGGAACCCAGCGAGGCGGGCAGAGCAGGCAGUGCCCGCCGGGCCUGUGAGCGUCUGGCAUCGCAGGACUCACAGCCUCGGCCAGAGGGCCUACCACCUCAGGGUCGAUGCCCGUGGUGACAAGAGGACAGCCCUCCCGUGCCCACUCCCACUGCCAGCCCCGGUCUGUGGCACGCCCACCGGAGCACAGGCAGGGCGUGCGCCUGGCGGGACCUGGGACGGGGAGCUUCGGACGGCUGUGCUCCGUUUCCUCCCGCAGCAGCAUUCUGUCGGCGCCAAGCAGAAUCCACGGGUGUCGCCUCACCAACCAGGUUGGUUCGGGAACA